GCAAGUUCUGUAGCGAAAUUAAUUUCGAAGCACUGAGAAAUCCCUUGAUUUCAGACUUGCCUGCUCUUCAAGAGGGACGAGCAGAUACUAGUUGACAUCCUUUCAAGGAUAGACGGGACGAUACUCACAAGCUCACCUCACUCGGCACAUUCGGUGAUAUCCUUCAGAGGAAGAAGACAUGCCGGCUGUGUCGGCUCAUUAGAGAUGCUUUAACCCGACAUACUCCAGGUCAACUACUCGAAACUGACGUCUGUGAUGCAGAAAUAUCCUUCUUCGGCGUGUACCGCGACCCAAAAGGGAAGUACUAUUGGAUCCGACGGCUAUCCAUCUUGGUCGAGAUUGGAACUGAUGCAUACAAUAUCGGUAGCCCGAAGAAAAGCCUAUUUUUUGCUUUCCAAGCAUGCAACAUCGGCGCAGCAGAUGCUCAAGUUGACGGGAAAUUCUUAGAUACCCAGCCUAGUAUUAAUGAGAUGAUAUUUGGAGGCCGUCGGCGCCCGCUUCAGCUUGAUCUCCAGUGGGUCCGCCGAUGGAUUAACAUCUGCGGCACGGAUCACGGCGAUGCUUGCGAGCGAGCUGAUGUGGGCUUGGGAAGCACGCUCGAAAUAAUCCGCUUUAUUGAUGUCAACAAGAGGUGCAUCGUCACCUUGACGGGCGUUCAGCUUUCAGCCAGGUCCAAUAAGGAUAAGAUGGCACAGCCGGGGAUUUUAAACGAAAACUUACCACAAACAAUAGAGGACUCAAUAUUGGUAACGGGGUCUCUGGGCAUUCGCUACAUUUGGGUGGAUUCUUUAUGCAUCGUUCAAGACGACGAUGAGGACAAGGCGAUGCAGAUAGGCGCCAUGAGCCAGAUAUGUGGCUUCGCUCAUCUCACAAUCGUAGCCGCAUCGUCCUCAAGCGUCCAUGGGGGCCUACCUGGUCUUCGUCCUGGAAGCCGUUCUCUAGAACAAGCGGAGUUAAUGGUUCUGCCUGAGAGCAUAGAUAGCACUACCGGGGAUGUGUUACCGGGCCUAUCCCUUAUGACAACACUGGACCCUCUCGCCAAUCCCAAUGAAGACUUCUUAGAACGCACACCCUGGAACAGCCGAGGUUGGACUAUGCAAGAGCGCGUUCCAUCUCGCCGCGUACUUAUUUUCAUGCAGGAGCAGGUAUACUGGAUCUGUCGAGAGGCCAUGUUCUGUGAAGAAUCCUAUUUCGAGAAUAGUCUUCUCCGCUUCCACAGAUUCCACGCUAACGCCGCCGAGCGGACUCUAGCAAACUCGUUUAGAAACUUCUAUGAGCCUGAGGAUGACCAAGUACGCUUCUGGAAAAUGUACCAGAAUCUCGUGGCCAGUUACACCCGUCGGCACUUCACUGAUGAAGGCGAUAUUUUUGAUGGAUUCCUUGCAAUUCUUCAGGGGAUGUCGGCUCUUUCGGGCGAACAGUUCUCGUGGGGUUUACCUCGAUCCUAUUUUGAGCAAGGCCUGCUCUGGAACUCCUUUACUAGCCUAAAGCGUAGAGAAGUCAACUCAACUCUUCCGAUGACGUCUUUGCGUGUUAAGGUUCCCUUCCCUAGCUGGUCGUGGAUGGGCUGGAUAGGCGAAGCGUUCGUCUGUAUCGGGGACGACCACUAUGAUAUAGAUCUAGGAGAAGUUCCCGAGGUACUAUACUUUGAGCAUCACCAUUCUCCCCUCCGUCUCGAACGCGUGAGAAAGGCGACAACAAGGUAUGACUUGAUGGCAUCACAAAACCAUGCAAGUUAGAAGGCUCAUUGUAGUCAACCCGUCACGCUAUCCGAUAUUGCUACCCAAAAUCCACAGCUUCUAUCUACGGAGCUUAGCAAGAUUCCAGAGACGCAGAUCAUCUUCUUCUAGACGAGUUCUACUUUUCUGACUUUGGCCCCGCCGGAUGACGACACAAACCGGUCCUUUACAAUCAUAGAUUCAUAUGGAAACAAAGUCGGCUCUACAGGAAAUCUCGAGCCUAAGCUAAACAGAAUUCAAGGGCAGCAUAAAUUCAUUGUUAUAGGUAGCCGAAGAAACCAAUUCUCGGAUCCAAUGCUGCUCCUUCUCCAGAUAGAGUGGCACGGGUAUGUUGCGUAUCACGUUAACAGCGGA